AUGGAGCCAACCAAGCGACGACUCUUGGGUGACGGCAGCUUUAUCGAGAUCGCGCAGGCGGAGAAACAAGAGAUUCGCCCAUCCAGAGCCAACCCGAACAAUGUCACCUGGCAACUGGUCAACUCGAGGAAUGGCGACGAGGAGAUGCAGACUGUUAUCAACAAGUUUGGUGACAUGAGACUGAUCACGCCGCCAUCUCAGCUUGAGUCGCUGCCGACAGAGAUCUUGCACAAGAUCCUGUCGCAUAUUAUCCCCGUGGACAAAGACGACUCAACAGACCUGAGCUGCCCAGAGAGCCGCGAGGCCUUUUAUCGCCUGUGCCUAGUGUCGAGACGCAUUUCUUCGGUGGCAUACCCGUUCAUGUACAAGAACGUGGCUAUCAAGAACCAGCAUAGCCUGACCCGCCUGGCCAGACAGGUCAUCCAGAACCCAGGCCUGCGGCCCCUGAUCCGAAGCCUCGUUGUUCGCUACGUGCUGUGCGAGACACCAGGAAAUACCGAUCAGUACUACCACCUGAAACAGGUUCUUAGCACCACGCACAGCUUCUCCCGACCUCCCGAGAGUUUUCGCGAGGCCAGGCUGCGGCGCUUUGUACAGGAGCUCUCCAACGACCGGAGACCUUGCUUAGACUAUCACCAUGCAGUCGUCUUUCUCCUGCUGCAUUACCUGCCGCAACUGGAGUGCAUCCGCCUUCAAACGCGGCCGCCCACUUGGCCGGCCGGCCUGCCCUGGCUGAGGUGGUUCUGGAGGCGUUUCUGGCAACAGAUGACCUGCGAGACUGUGGGACCGGACCGAUAUGUCCAGCUCCCUUCUGCCAUGAUCGCUGCCCACCAGGGGAUCAUGGCACUGGCACAGAAUCGGACCAGGGGCACCAAGCGGCGGGCUGUUGGUGACGAUAGUGGGUCUUCAGAGAACGCCGCCGUUCUGAUGCCCAUUAUCAAGAAGCUCAUCUUCGACUGGGACUGGCCGGCACACUCGGCCUGGAGGCAGAAUGACACCGCAGUAUUCGACCUGAGUCCAUCCCUCUCCAGCCAGCCUGCAGAGCCCCUCGGAAACCGGGUAACCUCGCUAGACAUCUUGAUGGAGCACCCAAACACCUUCACGAGACUGUCCGAAGUCCUCGUCGACAACGAGGUCAUGAAGCACCUGCGCCUCCGCACUGACGGCAUCGCCUGCUUCCAUCUCCAGCCGUAUUUCUGGCAAGUCAAGAUCCCCAUGGACGGGACAAAGCCCAACGAGCUGCUGAAGAAGUGGACAAGAUCGCUCCGCACUCUGCGCCUGGACCUGUUGCUCGACCAGCGGGCCUCCAUCUACAUGUUCGGUUCACCCCGGGACGCCCACCUGACCAGCGUGCGGCUGUUGGACAACCUCACCGACCUGACGAUAACCCUGCAGCAGUUAUUCCGCCGGCCGCAGGCAAUGGAGGAACUACUCCAGUCCGCCGCCGAGGCCGACCAAUCCUCGGAAGGGUCGUCCUCGGGCGACCUGGUCGAUCCUCCUGGGGGCGGGCCCCCGUCGCACGACCUGGUCAAUCCUCUCGUGGUCCGGUUCCCCAAGUCCCUCGUCAACCUCACCCUGAUCGACUGGUGGAGCUGCCGCAUCCUGCCCGACCGCCGCCGCUGGGGCCGAUUUCGGAGCAGCAGGCAGGACAAGGAGCUCAUGGGCGACCUGCUCCGCUGCAUGGCGCGCCGGCUGAGCAAGACGACGACGCACCCGCACCCGCGCCUGCGCACCGUCACCGCGGUCGCCGUGUGGCCCUACCGCGUCAAGGCCUGGGGCAACGAGAUGCACUGGGCGUACGGCGUGUCGCCCGAGGAGUACGCCUGCGCGCUGCACCUUGGUGCCGACGUCAAGUUCACGCUGCUGAUGCGCAAGAUCAACGUAGGCAGGGAUUUCGGGCUGCGGGACGACGGCCGCGACCGGGAGGACGAUGACGUCCGGGAUGUGGACAUGGGUUGA